CCUCUAUGAACUAGAGAAGGGAAGACUAAUUCGUGAAAUGAAACGCAUACUGGGUGAAGAUGCUUCACAGUUCAACAACUUUCAGAUUUUAAACCAUCGUUACGUCUUCCUAAACCUUCUUGGAAAGGGGGGCUAUAGCGAGGUGUACAAGGCUUUUGACUUGGUGGAGCAUAGAUAUGUUGCAUGCAAGCUUCAUGGUGUAAAUGCUCAAUGGAGUGAAGAGAAGAAGCAAAGUUACAUAAGGCAUGCAAUUCGGGAGUAUAAUAUUCACAAGACCUUGGUUCAUCGUCAUAUUGUUCGUUUAUGGGACAUCUUUAAGAUUGAUCCAAAUACAUUCUGCACUGUUCUGGAGUUUUGUAGUGGUAAAGAUCUUGAUGAUGUUCUUAAGGAAACACCUAUUUUGCCCGAGAACGAGGCUAAAGUCGUUUUAUUUCAGAUUAUCAAAGCCCUUGUUUACAUGAAUGAAAGAAUGCCGAAGGUUAUCCAUUAUGAUUUAAAGCCCGGAAAUGUUUUGUUUGAUGAGCUUGGUAUUGCCAAAGUGACUGAUUUUGGUCUUAGCAAGAUAGUGGAGAAUGACGUGGGAUCCCAGGGUAUGGAACUUACAUCCCAGGGUGCUGGAACAUAUUGGUAUUUGCCUCCUGAAUGCUUUGAGCAGAGCAAGACACCUCGCAUAUCAUCCAAGGUUGAUGUCUGGUCUGCUGGUAUUUGUUUUUAUUACAUGCUCUUUGGCAGACGUCCUUUCGGGCAUGACCAAACACAACAGAAAAUAUUUCUUGAGCACACAAUUAUUAAUGCACAUGAAGUAGAAUUUCCCUCUGGAUCUACUGUUUCUAAUAAGGCUAAGGAUUUUAUUCGGCGGUGUCUUACAUAUGACCAGGCGGAGAGACCAGAUGUAUUAACAAUUGCUCAAGACUCAUAUCUCACUUUUACUCAGGAAUAGAGAUGUCCAUUGACUGGCUGUAAAGAUUUCAAGAGAAAGGGUGUUUCCUUACUCAGAAAAGAAUCCCUGCCGUCUUUCAUGCAUUUCUCAUUUGAUUGAAAAUAUUGGAGGUCGUGAUGUAUAGGUAGGUGAGAAGGUUCUAUUGAUUUUUAAUAUUUUUGCCACCAAAUUAUAGGAUUUUAAGGCAUAUUGAUUGAUUGGCUACAUUUUGUUUAAAUUUGUGGAGAGUUGUUUUAAAUAGGUGGUACAAAAGUACUACUAGUUCUCAA